ACGACGUCUCCCUGCAUGCAGCCUAACCUCUGAGUGUUGCUUUCCUGUCGCUCUCUCUCUCCUACAUUCUCUUUCCCGGCACCAUGGAAUCCUCUGCGAUGUACGCCGUCGACCCGUUUGCGCCGUCCAGCGGCGGCGGCGCAUUCAGAAGGCUCCUCAGUGCGGUGCUCGCCACCGCCGUCUUCCGCUGCUGGCCGCUCCUUCUCUUCUUCUCUGGCUGGGCCGUCGCCGUAACCGUCAUCAGUCACAGCGUCCACAGCCUGGCUAUCUCGCCGACGCUCCUGACAGUCAUCGGUACCGUGCUCGGUUUCGUCGUAUCGUACCGCACGACUGCCAGUUUCGAGCGGUAUAAUGAGGGACGGAGGCUCUGGUCGCAGAUUGUCCUCGGAAGCCGCACUCUCGCGCGCACGAUCUGGUUCCAUGUCCCCGAGACGAUGCCUUCCGCCAAAGACGACCCAUCGACGCUCGAGCAGCGCAAGGCGCGCGUGCUCAUCGAAAAGAAGACCGUGAUUAACCUCAUCGAGGCCUUCGGCGUCGCCGUCAAGCACUACCUGCGCGGAGAAGAGGGGGUCUACUACGUCGACCUCUACCACCUCGUCAAGUACCUCCCCUCGUACGCCCUCCCCCCGGGCAUGCCGUCGCUCGUGGACGUCACCUCCGCUACGUCAGACGGGGCAUCCACCCAUUCCCCGCUCCGCCACCGCGGCGACAGCUCUGCGCCCUACCCUUCCGACCUGGAGCACGCGACGACGGACUUGCCGCCCCCGUCCCCGGUGAACGCGACGCACCAGACUGGCACACUUCCGUUCCCCGCGACGAGCCCACGCAAAGUCAGCGUGCAGGCCGAUCUGCCGAUGCCCCGCCUGCAGCUCAACGGCCGCUCGAGGACGAUCGACGAGAAGCAGUCGAGGUCGUUUGACGAGAAGGACAAGGCGUCGACGUACUCCGGGAGGGCGGGUGGCGACACCGCGGACUUCCUCUUACCCGCGCGGAUGCCCCCGAAGUACCACCUGCUGGACCUCUUCCCGUUCUCGUUGCUGGUCGGGUACCUGACCAAAAGGGGCAAGGAAGUCAAGGGCAAGAAGGCUGCGCGUGUUCGCGCGAAGCUCCGGAGCCGCACUGUCACGCACAAUCUCCCGCUGGAGAUCUCGCUGUACCUGAGCUCGUACAUCGCGGCGCUGCAGGACCGGGGUGCGGUGCCUCCGCCCACUGCCACCAACCUGCUCAACGCCCUGAACCAGCUUGUUGAUGCGUUGACGGGUCUUGAACGUAUCUUGACGACUCCCAUCCCGUUCUCGUACCGAGUUCAUUUGUGGACUGUGGCCGUCCUAUACUGCCUGCUCCUGCCCUUCCAGAUCUGGGCAACCUUCAAGUGGCUGACCAUCCCUGCGACCGCGCUGGCGAGCUUCAUCUUCUUCGGCUUCUUGGUGGCCGGCGAGGAGAUCGAAAAUCCCUUCGGUUACGACAAAAACGAUCUCAACCUAGACCACUUCACGCACAACAUCAUCCGCAACGAGCUCCGAGCGAUCACGGCGCUGCCGGCACCGCACGUCGAGAGCUGGGCGUUCUCGUCGUUCAACGACCAGAUCUUCACGAAGGACGAGCGCAUCACGCCCGACGAGUGGAUGCAGCGCGGCGUCGGGCCUAUCCGGUCUGCGCUCGCUACCAUGUGAGCUGCGGGCCUUUGGCCUUAGUUGCGGUUUCAUUCUUCGGGGAGGGGGGGUGCAUUUAGGCGGAUGGUGGGGAAAGAAAUGAGCGCACGGACUUGGUAAAGCACGCUGCAUGCAUGCAUAUACAUAUUGGAUUAUUGGAGGGGCCCUGCAUUAUCUAUAUUGGGCUCCGUGGCUAGUUGCUCUGCAUUUUUCACCAUGUUCAUGUUGCAUUGACGUAGAUAAUUGGACUCGCAUACACACUCACCCGCGCUUUCGUCGUUAUUUAGAUCGCAUAUCAUUGCAAAC